ACAGUUUCACCUGUUGGGACCGUGUUUAGCUGAGUCUGAUGCACCUGCUGCUGGAAACUCCCUCAACUCUCAUUUGAACCCAAAUCAGCUCAACACACAGCUCAAAGGAGGAUUUAUUCAUUUCAUUAUUUAUUCCAUUUCCAUCCCUCCCCUCCGAGCCGCACACUUUCACUUCCUGGUUGCUCAGGUGAGCGUACAGGUGAGCUGAUUUCAGGUGAACGAGGCCUGCAGGCUGCCGGAGGUUCCACUGAGGGUGUGGCGGAGAUUGAUCCAGAACAUCGAACAGAGAAAACAGGACAGAGAUGUUUGAAAAUGUCCCGACAGUGUCCUCAGCGGAGCGUCAGCAGGUUCUGGGAGCUCUGGAGCGUCUUCAGGCCAAACUGGACCAGAGGGAGGAGUGGACCCACAGCGACACUCUGGGGAACCUGAGGGAAACCCUGCAGAGUCCACUGUUCAGCCACAUCCUGACGCUGCAGCACUCCAUCAAGCAGCUCCGCAGCCAGCUCGCCGUGAUGCCUCCAGACACCAGCAGUGACUUCAGCUUCUCUAAGAAAGGUCAGCUGAUCAUGAGCGCCGUCGAUCCGGCCGCCGGCUCGGCUCCGCCCCCUCUGUCUGCCUCCUCCUCCGUCCUGACCAACGGCUCAUUUCCGCCCAUCCAUCAGGCUCCGCCCUCCUCCGACCUCCUCCAGAAGUGGAUCCUCGCCACCGCCAAGGGCCGCCAGACGGAGCUGGUCAGCCUGACUCGGCCUCUGACCGGAGGGUUGGGCUUCAGCGUUGUAGGACUGAACCCUGCAGGAACCAGCAGCCACGGCGUCUUCGUCAAACACAUCCAGCUGGGAGGAAUCGCUCACAGGGAUGGGCGUCUCCAUGAGCGGGACCAGAUCCUGGUGAUCAACGGCAGCCCUCUGGAAUCUGGGAUCAGCCAGCAGCAGGCGCUGAGCCUCCUGCAGCAGCCGGGAGAAACCGUGGAGAUGGUGGUGGCCCGGGAACGCCAACCCGACCCCCCGCCCGCCGCCGCCACAGUCACCACCGGGUCCAUCAGCACGGAUCCGUGGGGUCACGUGGAGGAGAUCGAGCUGGUCAACGAUGGAUCUGGUCUGGGUUUCGGUAUCGUCGGUGGGAAGACGACUGGGGUGGUGGUCAGGACGCUGAUCCCCAACAGCGUUGCCGAUAAGGAUGGCCGGCUCCGGACAGGUGACCACAUCCUCCGCAUCGGGGCCACGCCCACCAGCGGCCUCACCAGCGACCAGGUGGUCAAGGUGCUGCAGGGCUGCGGGAGUCAUGUGACCAUGCUGAUCGCCAGAGACCCCCGAGAUCAGAGGUUGGAGGCCCCGCCCCCACCGCCGCCACCGCCUCACUCCGCCCCCGUCUCCUCCCUGCCCCCUCUACCCCCCCACCGGAGGGUCAGCAGGACGCCCAACCUGGAGGGAUACGAGCUCCAUGAGGUUCCUCUGACGAAGAAGGACGGUCAGAGUUUGGGAAUCUCCAUCAUCGGAUACAAUCCUCUGACCAGCCAAGAUGCCGUCGGUGUGUUUGUGAAACACGUUGUUCCAGGAAGUGCAGCUGAUCAGAGCGGAAACAUCAGAAUCCACGACCGCCUCAUCUCUCUGGACGGCGUCAGUCUCCACGGUUUGACCAACCAGGAGGUUCUGGAGGUGAUGAAGCAGACGGGUCAGACGGUGGUUCUGACUCUGGUCAGGAAGAAAGCCAGAACUCUGGAGAGAUCGCUGGAUAAAGUGGAGAGGGAAUCGUCUCGCGUGUCGCUCAGGAGGUCACUGGAAGUCAAAGCUCAUCCAUCAGCGUUUGGAUCAACGAUGACGAAGCAGGAAGCAGCGUACCUGAACGCAACACCGCUGACCAGGGCCUCAGAAGCAGAGCUCAGAGCUAAAUGGCAGCAGGCUCUGGGUCCUCAGUAUGAAGUCCUGGUGGUGAGGUUGGAUCCGGUCAUUGAAGACGACGCAGAGCUGCAGAAAUCAUCAAAGCUGCUGCCCAUCCACACUCUGCGUCUCGGCGUGGAGCUGGACUCCUUCGACGGACAUCACUACAUCUCCUCUGUGGCCCCCGGGGGCCCCGUAGACAAACAUGGGGUCCUGAGACCGGAGGACGAGCUGCUGGAGGUCAACGAUGUUCAGCUCUAUGGAAAGUCUCGGAGGGAAGCUGUGUCUUUCCUCAAAGAGGUUCCUCCUCCGUUCACUCUGGUCUGCUGCCGACACCCGACAUCUGAGCUGGAACCAGAACCAGAACCUGAACCAGAACCGGCACUACGAUCAGAACCAGAGCCAGCCAGACAGUCCCAGCUCAACAUGGAGGAGAUCGAGAUGGAACUUUCAUCGAUGCUCCUCAGUCAGAACGAGCUGAGAGACGACAAGCAGCAGAUAAACACACAGGAGCAGGUAUCACCUGAGGAGGAGCUGAAGGAGGAGACGCCUUCACACAGUGAGGAGGAGGACGAGGAGGAUGAAGAGGAUGAAGAGGAUGAUGAUGAUGAUGAUGGAGAGCUGGCUCUGUGGUCUCCAGACGUUGAGAUGUUGGAGCUGCAGAAGGAGAGGGAUAAAGGCCUUGGAUUCAGCAUCCUGGACUACCAGGACCCGUUGGACCCUGGUCGCUGUGUGAUGGUGAUCCGGUCUCUGGUUCCCGGUGGUUCUGCAGAACGUCGUGGCAGUUUGCUUCCUGGAGACCAGCUGGUGUCGGUCAACCAGACCCAGCUGGACAUGCUCACCCUGGCCGAGGCCGUGGAGGUUCUGAAGUCCGCCCCGCCUGGAACCGUCCGCCUGGGCAUCAGGAAACCUCUGGUGGAGUCACCUGAGAGGAAGGAGGAGGACAGCAUCCAGGUGUCUCCUAUGAACAUCCAGCUACGUGUCCCAAAGGGUUUCGGUGACGGCUCCAUCCUCCCUGAAGACCUCCGUCAGGACGAGGAGGAGCCGGAGCUGAUCCUGGACGGAGGUCUUCCUCGAUACGCCUCCUCCUCCAGGACCUCCUGCCUGCUGCAGAGAGGAGAAGAUAGCAGGGAGAUGGCCGUAGAUGAGGAGGAGGAGGAGGAGGAGGAGGAGGAGGAGGAGGAGGAAGAGGAGCACAGAGUCGAGGAGAAGACCAGCUCCCUCCCCAGGAAACCUCCUCCAUCCUGGGAGGAGUGGAAGCUGUCCUCCCUGAGCCGGACCGGAAGACCAGAGGAGACGUGGAGACGAGAGAAUCAGGACGAUGAAGAUCUGCAGAGGUCCAACCAUGAGAGCAUCGUGUCCGUAGGAAACCUGAUCCUGGGUCUCAGAGACUCUGAAGCUGAUUCUGAACUCACCCUGACUGACACCGACUCAGAGUCUGUCAGGAUGAUUGACACCACCAGGAGGAAGAGGCGGAGCCAGGGAGGAGCCUCUGGGCCAAUCAGAGGAGGCCACCGUGAUCUACCUGAGAGAGAGGAGGGGGAGGGGGAGGAGACGCCCACCUUCAGCCACUGGGGAAACCCCCGCAGGGUGGAGGUGUGGCCAGAGGAGGGCCAGUCUCUGGGUCUCAGCAUCGUUGGAGGUCGACACGUCAUCAAGCGUCUGAGGAACGGAGAAGAACUGAAGGGAAUCUUCAUCAAACAGGUUCUGGACAACAGUCCUGCAGCCAAGACCCAGAGUCUGAAGACCGGAGACAAGAUCCUGGAGGUAUCAGGUGUGGAUCUCAGAACUGCCAGUCAUGAAGAAGCCAUCAGCGCCAUUAAAUCAGCCCCGAGUCCCGUCGUCUUCAUCGUCCAGAGUCUGUCUGCAACGCCACGGCCGGUUUCUGUCACAGCUCCGACUUACAGCAAGCACAAAUCAAAGAGGAUCGAUUCUCCGACUCCAGAAGCAGCUUUGCCCCCUCUGAGACAGCCCCCACCCUACAGACCUCCCAGCCAAUCAGAGCAAGAGCUGAAGACCAACCUGGAGCAGGCUAAAGAGCGUUGGUGUGAGCGCUAUGGAGACCUGCGGGGGGCGCUGCUGUGCGUGGAGCUGGAGAAGGAGCGGCAGGGUCUGGGCCUCAGCCUGGCGGGGAACCGGGACCGGUCCAGACUCAGCAUCUUCGUGGUGGGACUCCAUCCUGGAGGUCCGGCUGCUCGGGACGGACGGAUCCGGGUCGGAGACGAACUGCUGGAGAUCAAUAACCAGAUCCUCUAUGGGCGGAGCCACCAGAACGCCUCGGCCAUCAUCAAGAGCGCUGCCGCCAAGGUGAAGCUCAUCCUGCUCAGAAAUGAAGAUGCUAUUAACCAGAUGGCCGUCCCUCCCUUCCCGACUCCCCCUCCUCCUCCCGUCCUCAGUCCCGAGUGUGUGUCUCCGGUUGUCCUUGGAGGCUCCGCACCCCAUGACGGGCUCCGCCCCCCAGACAGCCUGACGCUCCACCCCUCCUCAGAUGCUCCAGACGAGAUGAGCGAUGAAGCAGAACUCAACAGCAGGAACAGAAGCAACAACAGCAGCAGCAACAGCAACAGCAACAGCGCCCCCAAGAGUCUGAAAGAUGCCAACACCUCCAGAAAGAGGCUCAAAGCUGCAGAGUCUCCAGAAGACGAGUUCCAGGCUCCGAAGGCUUCACUGGAGCUGCAGUCCUGCAGAACAAACAGCAGCAAACAGACGACGGCAAGUUCUCCUCCUCUGAUCAGCCCCGACCUGCACCAAGCUAGCAGAGAUCCGUCCUGCUGUCUGGUGGUUCCUGGUCAGGAGACGCUGCUGGAGAUCUGCAAAGGACGAUCAGGGCUUGGACUCAGCAUAGUGGGAGGAAGAGACACACAACUGGACGCCAUCGUGAUUCAUGAGGUCUAUGAAGAAGGAGCUGCAGCCAGAGAUGGACGUCUGUGGGCCGGAGACCAGAUACUAGAGGUGAACGGCGUGGACCUCCGCGGGGCGUCCCACGAGGAGGCGAUCGCUGCUCUGCGUCAGACGCCGGCGAAGGUCCGACUGACGGUUCUGAGGGACGAGGCUCAGUACCGGGACGAGGAGAACCUGGACGUGUUUAAGGUGGAGCUGCAGAAGAGGAGCGGCAGAGGGCUGGGGCUCAGCAUCGUGGGGAAGAGGAGUGGUAGUGGUGUGUUUAUCUCAGAUGUGGUCAGAGGGGGCGCUGCUGAGCUGGACGGUCGGUUGAUGCAGGGCGAUCAGAUCCUGUCGGUCAACGGAGACGACACCAGAAACUCCUCACAGGAAGCUGUAGCCGCCAUCCUCAAGUGUGUUCGGGGUCCAGUUCUGUUGGAACUCGGUCGACUCAAAGCUGCUUCCUGGAUCUCAUCCAGACGGAACUCACAGGGAAGUCAGAUGAGUCACGUCAGCAGGAACAGCUCAGGUGUUCUGGCUCCGCCCCUCGCUCAGACCCCGACAUCCCCUGACACCUUUAGCUCCACCCCCAUCCUGCCCCUCAACAACACCAAGUCCUCCAGCGACAUCACUUCCUCCUCCACCAACAGUCCAGGAGUCGAUGGAGGUCUGAGAACUGUGGACAUCACCAGGGGCGCCACCGACUCCCUGGGGGUGAGUAUAGCCGGAGGGAAGGGCAGCCCUCUGGGAGACAUCCCCAUCUUCAUUGCCAUGAUCCAGGCCAACGGAGUCGCUGCCAAGACGCACCGACUCAAGGUUGGAGAUCGUCUGGUCAGUAUUAACGGUCAGUCAGUGGACGGUUUGUCUCACAGUGAAGUCGUCACCAUCCUGAAGAACAGCUACGGCAACAUCAGCCUGAAGGUGGUGGCCGACACCAACAUCAGUGCCAUCGCCUCUCAGGUGGAGAGUCUGUCGAGCAGCUCUGGAGUUUCAGCGAGUACCGACACAAACACAGCUGAUCCAGAGGGUCCUCGUCCUCGGAGCAUCACUCUGGAAAAAGGCUCAGAGGGACUCGGCUUCAGCAUCGUGGGAGGAUUCGGGAGUCCACAUGGAGACCUGCCCAUCUACGUCAAGACCGUUUUCAGCAAGGGGGCGGCGGCUGUAGACGGGCGUCUGAAACGAGGCGACCAGAUCCUGACGGUGAACGGAGAAAGUCUGCAGGGAGCGACGCAUGAACAGGCCGUCGCCAUCCUGAAGAAACAGAGAGGAACCGUCACGCUGGAUGUCCUGUCAUAACACGCACAUGCCUGCAUGCACACGCACACACACACACACACACACACACACACACACACACACACACACACACACACACACACACAUGAACACAGACAGGUGAUGUGUUCACAGACUCUCGGACUACUUUCAUCGAUGAUCGUCAACUCUGAACUUCCCAACAUGCAAAAAAAGGAAACAGGAUCAGACGGUGCCAAAACACACAAAUACACAACUACACACAACUACACACAGACACACAACACGUAUGUCUCUCUGUUUGUGAGGACUUUAUGUAAACCUGAUUCUAGCCUGAACCUGAAGCGUCCUCACAAACACAGACUCUCACUGACGUCUGCAGACGGAGCUAACAGAGUUUCUCAACCUUUGGUUCGGGGCCACAUGUUGGGUCACACGACGUUUGUUUGGGUGUAAACGAUCCUCACCUGGUGAUGAAAGUUUCCCACCAGACAGGUUCUGGUUCUAGAGGUGGUCCAGUUCCGAAUGUUCUACCCAACCAACCAACUCACAUUUACACAAAUCUGUAGCAGAAACCUUCAGCCUGUGGUCUGUACAGCUUCAGGUGAACCAGACAGGUGCUGAUCUCAUGUUCAGCUGCAGGUUUUUGCUUCUUGCGGUCCAACAGACUUUCCUGAACCAGCUCUGGUACUGGUUGGGUGUUUUCCCUCCUGACAGCAUCACAGCUCCUUAUCGUUAGUGUUUCCCAGCAGAAAUCAGCUCUUUGGGAUCUAAAACUUUGUUUUGUUUUUGAUGGAAAGACGUGGAGAGAUUCGGGUUUAGGUUCAUCAACCAGAACUCCAUCCAAACAGACAUUUUAUAUUUAAUGAUCAAAACCAACCUGCAGAAAAAUUCAGACAGUUUCUUUUAGUUUGCACUUUGUGUUAGCAUAAUUAUGCAGCCAUGUUCCAGAUGAUCCACCUUAAACAUCUGGAGCCUGCAGCAUCAGGCCUCUGGUCUUUUAACAGGCGAGUCGAUUAAGUUUAAAGUUGAUCAGUUUCCAAAACACGGAUGCUGUUAGCAUGCUAAUGUUUGCUAAUUAGGAGCUAGCACUAAAAGAUAUUUGGUUGAAAAGCAAAAUUUUGAACACAUUAAAACACUGACCUGAUGAAAAGCUGAAAAAUGUAGUGAAAUAAUGGAUUGUCCAGAGGUGUAAAUAUUUUCAUCAUCUAUUAAUUAUUGAAGUCUUUGGUUGCAGCUUCUUAAAUGUGAACUGAAUCUUUAAAACAUUUUAAAACAUCACCUUGAUCUAAAUGACAGUUAUUUUGUCUUUUGUCCAACAUUUUAAAGAUCAAACACUGAAUCAACCGUUCAAUGAUGUAGUUACUUUGAUUGAUAUUGAAAGUAUUCAGUAGUUUCAGUUUCUGUUGUGAGGAACACAAAUGUCUGCUUUAGAUUUCAUGUUAAUGUUUCAAACAACCGUCAGCCUCAUGCUGAGAAGUCAGUAGAACGGAACAAAUACACCCAACAGUUUACUAAGUAUUUCCUACUGAACAAAGAAAGAAGAGAGAUCUGAGGCCUGAUGUUCUUUAACUGAUGAAGGUUGAGAAGCUCUGUUCUGAGAUCUGCUGCUGAUUCACACAAUCCUCUGAAACACAUGAACACGGAGUUGGACGCUUAAAUCCAGCCUGAACCAGUAAAACAGACCGAUCUGAGGACGCAGGACGUUUAUGAUCCAGAGGAACAAAAAGGGAAGAUCUGAAGUAAAGAUGUGACUGCUGCACACGUUAGCUUAGCAUCACUUCUGUGCUAAAAGCCUGGUUAGCUGUUAGCUGUGGAGUAGCCGUUGUUAUAAAUGGAUAAAUGCUUCCAGAUCUCAUCAGUUAUCUGGCUUGUAGCCUUUCCGAACCAGUAGACGAUCAAAGAACCACUUAUUUUCUAAUUGGCAGCAAUUUGAUGCACUGAGAGGUUGAGGGACUUUCCCAGGUAUCGAGAUGUUUCUGCAUCAGAACCAAGACCCAGGAGGAUCCAGUAAAGUAGUCCACGAGGUACUAAAAGCUUCCCUUGUUUCCACUGCAGUGUAGGAACCAGCAGCUUUGAUUGUAACUCCAAGAAAACCAAACAACAACCAAUGGCAGUAACUGGACCGGACUCCAGGUCUCCACAGGAAGUAGAACAAAGGAGGUUUUCUGUGUUUGACGAUGUGGAGGGUUUAGUGUUGUUGAUGGCGCCUGUUGUCCUCUCCAAGUUUAACUAAUCAGCUUUGAGACCUGCACAAGUUGUUCAGAGCCGUUCAAAAGUUUUACAUCGGAACAUUUUCAUCCUGAAUGUCUGAAAACUGGUGCUUGUUGUUUUCCCACCUGACAGUUUUCAGUUCCACUCAGCAGGUCCUAGCCCUGGAGAAAGAACUUCUUUUCCUCUUAAUACCACCAUGAAAGUGGUUCUAGAAGACGGUUCCUGCAGUCGGAACACGAAGCUGCCCUUAAACAACCUGAAAGUCUCGUCCUCUACAAAAAGCAACAACAAAGUCCCUGAACUCCGCCAACCCAUCAGCUACAAAAAGCUUCUUCUGCUUUCCAUCAUUACUGUCAGACAAAAACUACAAACAGGACAAUCUGUAAUAAUUCUACAAGAAGCACCAGCAAACUUUGCUAAUGAGACGUUUCAUGCUGCAAGUUGUUUUCCACUGCAGGAACCGUCCUUCUAGAACCUCUUUCAGGGCUGUUUUCAGGAGAAAAGGAAGCCCUUUCACCAGGUAGGUACUUCUGAUUUGUCCUAAAAACUGCAGUGUGGGAACUGAUGAUUGGUUAAACCUGGAGAAGAUUAGAAGAUGUCAACAAUUUAAAUUCUCCUUACAGGCAAACAGAACAAACCUCUGUUGUUCGGUUUCCUACGUAGAACUGGAGUCCACUAACUUCUGUUUUUUUGGUGCACUUAAACACGAUGGAAACAGAAAGGCUCAAGCUGCUGAUUAGAGCCUCUUCCUGUCAGUGUUAGUGCCACCUAGUGUCAGCCCUGAAGUCCUGCAGGGGAAACUAAGAAGUUGACCAAACUGGAACUUUUUCUCCUGGAGUUUAAACUCUGAUUGCUGUGGGGGAAAUGCUGAAGAAGCUGUUUGGGGGAAGUUCCUGCAACUGAAGCUCACUGGAGGUACAUUUUUUGUGUCUAAAACAAUCACUGGGAGAUUAAACUCUAAUUCUGUUGUUUUAUUUUAAUUCUGUGGCACUAAAAAUUAACACGAAUGGGGAAAAAAAUGUUGAAUUUAAUGUUACCACAGGCAAGAAUGUUGGAGUGCGUUUGGUAUAAGAGGGGAAAUCCAGUGGAUCAACCCCAAGGCUUAUUGAGCUCUAAGAUAAUUAAGGUGUUAAGUUAUUUUCAUUUAAAAAAAUGGGCACAAAUACUGAAAACACAAAAUCUGUGUGGAUAUUACAACCUGCAGCAUCGAGAGGACUAAAGAAAUCAGCUGUCUGCUUUUCAAAAAUCUGCACAAGUUCAUGUCAAACGCUGGACAAAAUGAAAACAUACUUAUUCAUGAGACAGAUGCGCGUAUUCAGCAAAAUGUUUUUCUACGUACAAAAACAUUUCUAUACAGGUUCUGUUCAAUCUCAUAAGUUCAGUUCUGUUCUGUAUAGUCCUAAAACGUGCCAUCAUUUGAUAAAUUCCAUGUUUUUCUUCAUAAUUCUGAAACUUAAAGGUGAACAAACUCAUUAUCUUCCACUAAUGAAUCCAUGCGACACAUUAAACAGCAUGCUCUAGAUGUUGGAUAUCGCGUGUCUCCAUGGAGAUGAACCUCAGGACUUUGGUGGGCAUGGAGACCUCCUGUCGCCCCCGGCAACAGAUACAGUGUCUUCCACAUGAUUGUUGUCAUGGAGAGAACAUUUGAAACGCUCGUGUCUCUGUGGAGAUUUUGAAUAUUUUCUAGAAACGGGUCUGAGCUGAAAAGCAGCAGACCGACGUUCAGUGAAAUCCUCUUGUUCUCAAUAAAAAACUGGAAGGAAAAAUGGAAACUGUUUGAUUUAACGGCUGCGGAUUGGUCAGAUUUACGAGAUGUUUCUUAGUGUUGAGGAGCUUUUAAAGUACAAAACUAAUAUCUGGAGUUAAAUCAUCGAAAGUCAAGGUUCAGACUUCCAGGUUGUGUAAUUUUUGAUGACAUUAUUAAAGAAGAUUUAUUAGGAUUUGGAUCUAAACUGUGGCAAGCUAAUGCUAGCUUUGUCAGCUAGUUCAGUUAGCUCAGUUAGCUGCAGUUACUGUGUGUAAAUAAACAUCUAUUUUCAGAUCAUUUCUACAUGUAGCCUGUUUUAUUUCAGUCCUGCUCAAACAUCUAACAUUGAGCAGCUUCCAUCCCAGCUAGCAGGCGUCAUCUCCAUUAGUCUCCAUUUGUCUUUAGACAUUUUUUGUGAACUGCAACGUAGAAGCUUUAAAUUCUGCCAUUAAGUUCAGUUAACUUGUGUUAUUUAAGCACAAUUUAUUUCCCUCUGCUCGAAACUCCACUUUAUUUUAGCUAGCAGGUGCCAUUUUAGUGUCCACUGUCUACUUCCUGGUUCUGUUAGCAUUACAAGCUAACAUAACUUUGAAAAUGACAACAAAAUUGAACAAAGCAACCUGAAAACAAUGGGCCUGUUUUAGUUCAGCCCUGCUCAAACAUCUAAACACUGAGCAGCUUCCAUUUGAGCUAUCAGGCAUCAUCUCCAUUAGCACUACAAGCUAGCAUAGCUCCAGCAAUUACUGAUUUGAAGAUAUUUUUAAUUUUGUUAACUAAAAUGUGGAAUCGUUAAAGUCUACCGUUUGAUUCAGGUAACUUGUGUUUGUUGCAAACAUUUUAAUUUAGUCCUGCACAUUCAUGCUAGUGGGCGCUAUCACCACCUUUGGGUAGCAUAGCACCAAAAAUUACACCUUAAGAUGCAGAAAAGAUUCGUCUUUAGUAAAUUAGUUUGUCUGAUUUACGUCUGCACACAUGAGGAAUCGGUGCUUCGUAUAGUUCACACAGUUAAUAGUGAGAUGGAGAUGUUUGAUUAUGCUUAGCUAACAUUCUGCACACACAUUUGUCUGUUAGCAUUACAGGCUAGCAUGUCUCAAUAAAUUACAGAUUCAGGUACAGAAAAGAUGUAUUUAGUUUUGUGAAGUUGACCAUAAAAUCUUUUCAGUUCAGUUAACUCGUGUUUAUGAAGCACAUUUUAUUUCCUUCUGCACAAAACUCCACUUUAAGCUAGUAGGCUCAUUUUAGAGUCCAGUGUCAACUUCCUGUUUCUGUUAGCAUUACAAGCUAACAUAACUUUAAAAAUUACAACAAAAUUGAACAGAGCAACCUGAAAACAGUGAAUUAGAAUUCUUCCUAAUCCAAAGCAUGUUUUGUUAUUUUGAUAAAUGUAAAAUUGUUGAUUUUUGUCAUUAUGGUUUUUAUUUUGAAGCGGUCAUUUAUUAAAGAGGCUAAUGCUAGUUUUGACGGUUAACUUUACAACAGUUUUUUGUACUUUAGCUGCUGCCAAACAUCUAAAUAUUGAACCUGAAUCUAACAGAGAACAAGAGGAUCCAGCAGAACGUCAGCCGACUGUAGCUUCUAAUCUUCCAUUUUCCAGCUGUGAGUUUUCAGAUAUAUUGAUGUCUAAUCGAUCAGCAGCAGCUUCAGGCGUCGACAUGAAGGGAAAUAAUCUGUUCAGAGCUUCCUGAACUUUAUACAUAUCAAUGAGUGCAGAAUACUUUAUGUUCACAUUUUCUUUCCUCAUAAUUGUCGUCUUAAUUUGUUAUCUGUAGCAGCGACAGUAGAUGAACUGUAAUUUAUUUUUCUGGAAAUUAACGUAUUUUUUGUUAUGUUAUUAUGAGCACUGAUAUGUGUCAGAAAUCACAAUUAAAACUCUGCAGCUUCA